CCCGGCCGCGCUGCUGCGGCGCUGCCGGCAGGGGUCGCGGGCGGGGCCGUUCCGCCAUGGCGGAUUACGAGGCGGUGCAGCGCGGUCCACUGCGGCUCAAGGGCAGCGGGGGAGCCCUGGGGGCCGGCAAGCGGAAGAAGAAGAAGGCGAAAGACAAGGCCCAGAUCCUGGAGCAGAUCGUGAGCAGCAAGAAGCAAGAGGAGGAGAAGAAGCGUGGGCUGGACAAGCGGACUCCGGCGCAGGUGGCCUACGAGAAGAUGCAGGAGAAGCGGCAAAUGGAACGGAUCCUGAAGAAAGCGUCGAAAACCCACAAGCAGCGAGUGGAGGACUUCAACAGGCACUUGGAUACUCUGACUGAGCAUUACGACAUUCCCAAAGUCAGCUGGACUAAAUGACCGGGCUGCUUUUCACGGCUCUGGAGCGGGAGUUGUUUUGUUUGUAUCUAGCACGGUUGCCAUGAAAAUGUCUUUUCUCCAUAUUGUCUAAUACAUCUUCUGAGCUUUUAUGACCUUUAUUCUGUCUUAUUUUAUAGUCUUAUUUUUCAAAACCGGACAUCCAGCAACGUCUCCUCUGCGCUGAGGAGCUCUGGAUUACGUCGAUGCAGAGGGUUGUUUUUUUUCGUGUUUAUAGUGAGAUUAAUUACUGUGAGCCAGAUGGAAAACAUUCCUUUAUUUCUUUGGUUUUAACAGUUCUCCCAUUUUAAAGGGAAGAGUCUGACAGUCUCACAUUUAAGUUUCUCUUCUAAGUUAUGUGAAUUGUACAAUUACUUUCUGUCAAAUUCUGUCAGAGGCCAUGUUGCAAAACGUGAAAUAUAUAAAAUUGUCUUGCAAAAGGAUGUUCUUUGAUAUUUGAUCUCUGUAUACUUUGAAUCCUAAUGAGAAAGAGGAGAGGUCUAAUAUAUGAAAUAGCUUCCAACAAGCUCUAUGUCCCAAGUUUUGAUAGCUGAUGUGCCGGAUUUCUGGAAUCCCACCAAGCACCCAGGCUUGUGCAACUCUGAAAUAAAUAAUCAGUGUGUCUCUCGAGUGUAUAAUGACUGUCUUGCUGUGCACCGGGUACUGAAUCCGAUUUUUGUGGAAAACAGUAGAAUUUCUGUCUUGAGCUCUUUCAGAGUGGUCUGCUGCAACUUGUAACUUCGAUGUAACUUAUUAAAACGCUGCCUUCAUCCCUU